UUCUUAUUGUAAUUUGUUUAUCCACGGUCUUUGGAUUACCUAUUACCAACUCCAAAAGAGAUCCCCCUUCUACUCCAGAAGAAGGUAGUCCAGUUGGAGGAUUAGUUGGAGGAUUAGGCAGAAUAUUAUCGAGUCUACUUGGAGGAGUAACCGGAGGAGGUGAAGGAGGUCAAAGUGGAUUAACCUAUGGAAGAUAG